CCCUUCUGCUUAGGGUCGUUCCUGGGCCAGUGUUUCGGGUGCUGGUUGUGGAGGUGGCGACAUCAGCGGCUCCUGUGGCGGGUGUCCAGCCGGCCAGUUAACCAGUGGAUAGGGAGGAAGAAUUCCUUUGCGUGGAAAAUGACGCUUUUAAGUAUCAAACCCAUUGCUUGGGCAUAUGCUAUGAUAACAUUAGGGACUGAAAUGCUAAAUUCUGUCUUCAGUUUCUACUACGUGAAGCUGUUUUUACAUCUGUACAAGAUUUCAGAAGUGGCUUUUUACCAAGCCCAGAUGAUUUUAAUGAUCUGGAAUGCUCUUAAUGACCUGACUGGGUAUUUUCACAACUCUCAGGCUGACUGCUGUUCCGGUCGUCAUAGUUCUGUGUUGUAUGGUGCCCCUUUGUAUUCGAUAGCCUUCCUGCUUCCUUGGUUCCCUUGGAAAUACUAUCACGAAGGUGACUGGCUGAGUGGACUUCAUCUGGUGGUAUCGCUAUGUGCUUUUGAUAGCACGCUUACCUUCGUUCAGCAAGCCCAGUGUGUGCUGUUUGCAGAGAUUUUCACUAGACAUGAAAGUCGGCUUCAGUUUAUUAAAAUUAACCAAGUGGCAUCACUAGUAGGAUCCACCAGCAUCCUCUUUGGUGGCCUCAUCUCUGAUAACAUGGAAAUUUUCUUCAAUUUUCAGGCCUUCACUGUGCUCAUUGCCAUUCUUGCCACUGCCAGCCUUUACACUGGCAUGUACCGCAUGAGUCACUUUGGACCGAAAAGAAGCCCCGAGGAAAACCUCUUCUCCGAAAGUGAACAGGAUCUCCCCUGGACCUCUAUCGUCUCAUUGAUGAGACAGCUCUUGACCCAGAAAAACUUUUGCCUUUUUCUGAUAAUGAGUUUCUUCCAAGUCUUCCAUUUAACUUUCUUCAAAAACUUCAUGAUGAUCUUUGCAGAUAAUCUCAUUCCCGAGGACGUUCUUCCUUCUUUCCUAAGGAGCAUCAUGUAUGGGGCAGGCUUUAUUUGCCCACAGUGCCUUGUACUUAUCAGUCAGUCCUGGCUGAAGAAGUUUGGUUACUAUAAAAUUAUCUUAAUUUCUUUCUACCUAGAAGGAACAGCCUCCAUUGUCAUGUCACUUCUUGGACAGCAAUACUAUUACCUUUUGGCUCUUUAUCUCACUAUUAUCAUGGUGAUCAUGCAAGCUUCUUUCUGUUUGUUUAACCUGCCACUAGCUGACAUGGUGGAUGCAGAUUUACUGAAGUUCAAUCGGCAGUCACCCCUUUUCUCAAUGGUUUUUGGCAUCAAUGCUUUGUUUACCAAACCUGCUCAGUCUUUAGCUCCCAUGAUGAUACUCUCUAAGCUAAAACAGUAUGGAUAUGGAAACGGAGAUAAAAGUACAAUUUUCGAUCUUCAUUAAUUUGAUUUGCCUGGUCCCCCUGGCAUUGCAGUAAUUCAGAUUCUGGUUUGGAGUCCAUUCUCAAUGAGGAACAAGACAGACUACACAGGGGCUCUUUAAGGCCAAUGCUUGGCUAGCAUGGGAUUCAAACAAAUCUUCAGUUGUUUAUUCUUACAGAGAUUACAUUCUACCAGAAGGCAAAACUGUAUUUUAUAACCCCUAAUUUGUUUAGAAAACAAAACAGAUGAAACUAAUACAACAUGUUUUAGGGCGUUUUGACUACCGUAAUAAACUAAUAAGAAAGUUAAA